CUGGAAACAUUCAGCCAGUUGGUGUAUGAAGAUGAAAAUGGAGCCAAAAGCAUCAAUUCAACAGCCAUCAGUGACUUCCCCAGAUUUGCUCACAGAGGCAUCUUACUGGACAGCUCUCGGCAUUUCCUGCCCAUUAAAGUCCUCUUGGCUAAUCUGGAAACAAUGGCCAUGAACAAAUUCAAUGUUUUCCACUGGCACAUCGUGGACGACCCAUCCUUCCCUUACCUGAGCCGAACGUUCCCGCAGCUGAGUCAGCAGGGCGCCUACCACCCGUACACACAUGUGUACACACCCGCCGACGUGAAGAUGGUGAUCGAGUUUGGACGUCUGCGAGGCAUUCGUGUUAUCCCAGAGUUUGACACACCCGGACACACACAGUCCUGGGGCAAAGGGCAGAAAGACCUGCUCACCCCGUGUUACUCUGGCUCCAAACCCUCGGGCACCUUCGGCCCAGUGAACCCCAUCCUGAACACCACCUAUGACUUCAUGAGCCAGUUCUUCAAGGAGAUCAGCACCGUGUUCCCCGACGCCUACAUCCACCUGGGGGGGGACGAGGUGGACUUCAGCUGCUGGAAGUCCAACCCGGACAUUCAGAAGUUCAUGGAGCAGCAAGGCUUCGGACAAGACUUCACCAAACUGGAAUCCUUCUAUAUCCAAAAACUCUUGGAUAUCGUGGCCACUACCCAGAAGGGCUACAUGAUCUGGCAGGAGGUCUUUGACAACGGUGUUAAGCUGAAACAAGACACACUUAUCCACGUUUGGAAAGGAAACAAGCUGCAGUACCAGAGUGAGAUGGCUAACAUUACAUCGUCAGGGUACCAGACCCUGCUGUCCACUCCCUGGUACCUGAACCGUAUCUCCUACGGCCAAGACUGGACGGGCCAUUACCAGGCCGACCCGCAGGACUUCCAGGGAACUGAUGAACAAAAGAAGCUUGUGAUUGGUGGAGAAGCCUGUUUGUGGGGGGAGUAUGUAGACGCCACCAACCUCACACCCAGACUCUGGCCUCGGGCCAGUGCUGUCGCAGAGCGCCUGUGGAGCGACAAGGGGGUGACGGACAUCAACGACGCCUUCAACAGACUGUCUGUGCACCGCUGCCGCAUGGUGGAGCGGGGGAUCCCUGCUGAGCCGCUGUUUUCCAGCUACUGUCCCCGAGAGUACAGAGGUGUCUGAACAGAAACUGAGACUUGCCAUGGGAACAGCAAUCAACAAUGUUUGUAUUUCAAGCUGAAGAAUCAUGCUGCCUUUUUAGAGAUCUCACUGUCCUGACGCUUAGACACAUCAUGCUUCUUAAAUCUGCUCUACAGAACUCUUGAUCAUCACAUGUCAUAAACAUCUUGAAUUUAUGAUUGCACUCUAUGUUUUUUAUGAAUGUUUGUAUAAAAGAUUGUGAAUAAAAUGUUGACAUUUUAA